UUAACUUUUGAUAGUAGGUCAAUACUAUUUUAACCAAAUCACCAAUUAAUGCUUAUAAGGAAAUUUACCUGUAAUUUCAUAACAAGUGACUUCGUUGUGUAAAAUAUAUUUUACGCUGUGUAAUAGUAUGAAUCUACCUAACCCCGCACCUCUUAAAAGGUGGUUUUCUAUAGAAAAAGAAAAAAAAUGAGAAGAAGAUUCAUAAAAGGUGGUGCUCCACCCCUUCCUUGAUGCUGAGAUUGGCAUCUGUCUUUUGAAUAUUCCCCUAAACUUGCAAAAGACGUGUUACAAAGCGUUUAUCCAUAUUUUUUAAAGAAGUUAGCAACAAAAUUUAUUUCAAAAAUUUUUGAAGUUACGGUUUAAAUGUGUUUUCUAAAAAAAUUAUUGGACAGUCUCGCCUUCCAUGCACAAAACACGCACAUAUCUCGACUUGAGUGAAUUUCCCAAUCUGCAUAAUGCCUAGUACUUUCAAUAAUAUCCCUCCAUGCAUGUCGAGUAUGCUAGUACCCUUCGUUCUUUUCUUGUUCAUCAGCCAAAUAUGUUGUAGUGUAAGAAGCACACCUCUUGGAAAUGACUGCCCAAAAACAACUACCUACAGUCGAAAUAGCUUGUAUCAUUCUAACCUCAAGUCGCUACUAGCAACACUUUCAUCUAAUGCCAAUGGUGGAAAAAGUUAUUACAACUCCACUUCUGGCGGUGAAGAUGGUUCUGAAAAAAUUUAUGGCAUGUUUUUGUGUAGAGGUGACGUCUCCGAGGAUGAAUGCCAAGAUUGUAUGACUGGUGCUACUGUAGAAAUAAUUCAUUAUUGCCCCAAAUUAAAAAUGGCUAUGGUUUAUUAUGAGCAUUGCUUCUUACGAUAUUCAAAUCAAUCAACAUAUCCCGAGCCAGAUCCAUCCAUAUUUACCAAUCCACAUAAAUCCAGCAGUUACGUGCUACGUAAUGGUCGCACAAUUAACAUUGAAACACAUAGGUUCAGCCAGCAGCUAAGAGACAUGAUGGAUGAAAUUGCGACUGCUAUUGAUCACUGGGGCAAAAGAUUUUUAACUAAAGAAACCAAUUUCACUAAUGAGAAAACGAUAUAUACCCUUGCUCAGUGCAUUCCUGAUCUUUCAGCUUCUGACUGCCUAAAGUGCCUUAAAACUGUGAUAACCAAGUUCCCAGUCUGCUGCUAUGGGCGACGGGGUGCUAGAAUUUACUACCCUAGCUGUAAUAUCAGGUAUGAGGAGUAUCUUUUCUACAAAAUCAAAACAGUACCUGUGUCUCCUCCUGCUCCAUCCAAAAAUAAAGGUAGAGUUUGCUAAUAUUAUAUGCCUACAUAAUAGUUUGAAGAUGACUAGUUUUCUUCAUGUUUAAUCCAUGGCGGGAUAUACCAACACCAUAGAUCACUUUAUUUCUGUCAUACCUCUAUGUACAUCAUUAUGGUUGAUGAUUUAAAACCAC